AUGAAAUGGAGUAUGGUAGAUAGAUAAAUAAGUUAUACCAAUAUAUAAAGGGAGUAAAGUCCAGUGAAGCCGGGGAUACUGUCGUUUGGAUAUUCGAGGACGGUUUUGAUUUGAGAAUGUACCGUCACUGUGUUGGCAACCUCUACUUUCCAUCUGCGCACAGCUAGAACGAACCGUGAAACAUGCUUUGAAAGCAAAAGAUGCAUAUUAAAGCUUCUGUCUCCAUCCCUAAACCCUCUGCUUUUCUUUCCCCUUACUCAUUCCCUCUCCUCCCAUCGCCCGGCAACCUACCGUUGUCUUCUGAUCCAUCUUCAUCUGAAUCUUUCCUUCUCCAGAUUUUAAUUUCAUGGUAGGAGGACUAGUGAUUCUUACCCGACAUUUUCUGCCUCGCUGCUGACAUUGUUCAUAACCUUUUCCUGAAUUGUGAGGGGCCGCGUGAUACAGUUCAAUUGUUGACCAAGAUGGACGAAAAAAGAUUGAAUAUUGAAGCCCCUCUUCUGUCUGUGAGACGUUCUGCUGCAUCGCAGAAAACACUGGACAAAAAGCACAUUCUUCUAUACCCUAAAUCAGAUUCGACUAUGCAACAACUAGCAGAACCUGUUACUGUUCCCCUCAAUUGGGAAAACAUCCUCGGAAGAUCCAAGCCGAAGGAGCCUCCUGUUGCUCAAUCUCCCACGUGGAGCAAAGAAACAGAAGAUGAGAGAAGAAGGACCAAUGGGAAUGAUGAUGAUGAUGACAACGUUUAUUCUGAUGCCGUUGAUACAAUUUCGCCUCCAGAAUCCGUCUUAAUGAACUGUAGAGUAAGUGGGAUGAGUGGGUUAGAAUUAAAUAGUUACAAUGCGAACAAGUCUGGAACAUUUCACACGGAUCAGAAAAUCAGGGACUUCAUGAUGAACCGAUUCUUGCCCGCAGCUAAAGCAAUGACUUUACAGGUUCCAGAAUAUGCUUCAAGAAAGCAAUCUGUGGUGGUAGAACAGGCUAGAGAAAUUAACAGAUCAUUUCGUGAGGAAAAGAAGCUUCUGCUCAAGAACUACAUCUCUGACAUUAUACAAAGUUCUAACCAAUGUGAAACUGAAGAAGAAAGUGAAGACGAUAAAUAUGACUCUGCAAAUGGCUCGGCAAAAGGUUGUGGGCUGCUUCCCCAACUACGCCUUAAGAAUUCGCUGUGCUUGCUAAAUUCUGUGCCUGGCAUGAAAAUGAGGAACAUAGUUCCCAUGUCUACUGCUGCUUACGAGGUUUCUAAACAAAACAAAAAAUCUCAUGUUCGAUCUUAUAGCCCAGCUCCUAUGGUAAAAAAGGCCAUUGAUGCUAUUUAUAAGAACAAGUCGAGCUCUGAAACCGUAUCAAUGGACACGAGGGAGGCGAGGAAGAAGUGGAUGAGUCAAUCAUGUAGGUUUACUUAUGAUGCAGGUGAGUCGCAGCAACAAGAUAGGUUGUCUCCAUUCAGGCGUUCAAGAACUGCUGCUGCUGGAGUUUCUCCUUGUCGAAGUAGACCUCAAUAUCCACUUCGAGGAGCAAAGUUGCUUUGUGAUUCUAGAGAGGCUGAGAAUAUUAGUCAAUCUAGCAGAUAUUUGAACUUCCAGAGCAGAAGCCAUGGAAACAAUGAAGAAAGUAAUUCAACAGUGGAGAAGACAUUGUACAUAGAUUCUGCAAGCACGGUAAAACUAUUAUCUUCUUCACAUUCAUUUUCUCCAGAAGCUUCUCAAGAUGGAAAAGAACUACAAGCCUUGGAAGAGAAGAAGGCGAUGGAUUCAGAUACCAACAACAGGGAAAUUGUAAUAGCUGAUAGUAAUUCAAGUGAAUCUGUUCUGUGUCCUGUUCCCCCACCAUUACCGAGAUCGCCCUCUGAGUCAUGGCUCUGGCGUGCCCUGCCUUUGGUUUCAGGAAGGAAUCCAUUGCAGCAAUCAAAUUUAAGCAAUCAUUCCCAAUCUAUAUACCAGGACUCUCAUACAACAUCCAGCAAUAAUACCAAGUGGGAAACAAUAGUAAAAACCUCGAAUUUGCACAAUGAUCAUGCGCGCUAUUCUCAGGAAAUAAUAGCCUCCAACAAAUCUCAUCGUUUAAAAUCAUAAGAGAUGGAACUCUGGCUUGUUCAUCAUGUUUGGUGCGAGCUCAUGUGGAUUGUUUCCCAUGAUAUUGCAGAAAGCAGUCGAAGUCCUUUGGUGAUCAAUAAAAGUAAAGCUUCUGUUAUGCUGCCAAUUGACAAGCGCGAGCUAGCUUGUGAAAUCUCGUGUUUUACGUCUUCUCUUAUUGUCUGUGCUGACUCUCCAGGCAUCAGGAAUUUGUAUGUGACGAACACAACAAGUGGUUGUCAAUGUUCAUGCGAGAUUGCUUAUUUUCAUUUUUUUUCUCAAGACAAAGUUUCUCAGUGAAAUUUCGAAAUAUAUAACCAGCUAUGUAAAUACGAUUAUCAAUUA